AUGUAUGACCCGGAAGUAAAUCUUUUACGAUUCCAUGUCAUUCCAUGUGGGCAAGGUUUACAACGUAUCACUGAUAUUGAAAUACUAAUGGUAUACCUAUAUAAGGCAGUUCAUGCCUAUAAGGCAACCGAUGAUGGAGAGUUGACCAUUAAGGUCAACGAUAUAAUUGAAGUUGAAGGAUUGCCAUGGCAGUUUCAAGGCAACCCAAAAGAGCCUCGUGGAUGGAUUUUAGGAAAAUUUAAUGAUGUGGAGGGCUCUUUCAAGGAGAUGAAGAUGAGAACGUCCUCUAUGAGAGUGCAAGUGAGCAUGUUAUCACUCAAUGGUAGAAAUUUAGUUGUUUCAAGAAAAGUUGAAACAGGAUUUUGUGUUGUUGUAUCUGUGCUGAUUACAGCAACUGCAGAUGAACUCUUAAAAUUGGCUGUUGCUGAACAAUUAGAACAAAAUAGAUUAUUGUCAACAGAAGCCAAAUAUGUAUUGCUAUACAAGGAUCGAAGUCUUGUAAAAUAUAUUCCGGGGUCAACUGAAACAUUCAUGCUAAAAAAAUACAAGAUUAAAAUGAAGCAACCGUAUACCAAGUUGUGUUUUUAUUUAUGUCUCGAAACUGCAUAUGCAGAGUACAACCAAAUGAGCACUGAUAAAGAUUAUCACUAUGUUGACACAGAUGAUAAUAGUGAUACUGUUGAUGAACAAAUGAACAUUGAACAAUGCCAUCAUGAUAUUAAAGGAGAAGAAAUAGAAAAUGAACAUGAGAAUGAAAUUGAAACCAUAGAAGAUGGUAACCCAGAUAUAGAUACUGAAGUGGCUUUUGGAAACAAUCCAAAUAUUGAUUGUACUGGUUCACUCGAUGAUACUCUGCCUAUUCUAACCCCAUAUGGAAACUAUUGCCAGGUGAUGAAUAUUUCUGAUGAAGAUAAUGAAGAAUCUGAUCAGAAUAUUAUGGAUCAUGAACAAGUAAUCAUACCAACAAUUCAGAGUCAAAGAAGUUUACAAGAAUUGUUGAGUGAGUUUAUUCAGAGUGUUCAGGUUGAUGAUGUCAGCACUGUUAUCAUUCGAAGAUCUAAAAUCCUGAGAACUACUCUAAAAGCCAUUAAUAAGAAUGGGUUUAAUAUAAGAGGAAAGCUUUUUGUGGAGUUCAGUGGGGAGGAUGCUCAUGAUGACGGUGGACCACGGAGAGAAUUUCUAAGGUUGUUAAUGCAGGAAGUUGGUGCUAGUAUGGGGAUUUUUGAAGGGGACCAGUUAACCAGAGUUUUCAGCCACAAUGUACGCCUAAUCAGUGAUAUGAUGUAUUUCAAGGCUGGACAACUUGUUGCCAUGUCAUUGCUAAAUGGAGGUCCUGGUCUUCAGUGUAUGGCUGAUUCGGUUUACAACUACAUGAUUGGUAUUGAACCGGGAAAUCUCACAAUUGACUUGAUUCCAGAUAGUGAUAUGAGAGUUAGGGUACAAGAGCUUCAGAAAUGUUCCACUUCAAUUGAAUUAAAUAAGUUUAUUGAGCAAAAUGGUGACUGGAUUGCGGAUAAUGGAUAUCCUGAUAUCUUCACCAGUGAUAUCAAAGAUGUUGAAGAAAUUUGCCAUUUUCUUCUAUCUAAAGCUGAAAUGGAUCAGUUUUUCUGUGGCCUGAAUGAUGUUGGAGGCCUGGGUCAGAUUAUAAAAGAAAACCCUGAUCAGUUCAGGGACCUGUUCAUUGAUCGGGGAAAACGACUUUGCCGAAAGGACAUAAAGUGCCUGUACCAAAUUGACUUCAGUGAAAACGGCUGUAACAGACUCAAUGAAGAGGAAGAUACAAUUUAUAGUCUGGAGCUAUAUUUGCAAGCUGUUGAAAAUGGAGAGCAUCCUGUGUCUCUUGAAGACAUCCUAGUUUUUGCAACAGGGUCCAACAGAGUACCUCCACUUGAAUUUGCAAAACCAAUCACUAUACAGUUCUCCUCAACAUGUGAAAAUGAAAAAAGAUUCCCAUCUUCAUCCACAUGUGAUUUAAGACUUUGGCUUCCUCGUGGUGUUGACAGUUUUAGUUCAUUAAUGAAUAGAGCCUUACUUGAAUCACAUGGUUUUGGAAAAAUUUAA